AUGGAAAAACUUGGAAUGUACCAAGGGAAGAUUUCCGAUCUAUGCAAAGCUCUUGCCUCCGUACCGCAACUACCGGUACAGCAGGAACCCUGUCUCGGCUAUGUGGAGGAUGGAUCCAAGCGAAGAUACAGCAUACAUCCGUGCCAGUCACCAUGUCCACAGCAGCCAUGGACCAAAUACUCUCUACAUCCGAUACUCACGCAUCAAGCCAAUAUAGGGCACGGAUUGACCUUGGGCGACAGGCACAGGAUUGCUGUAGCUUUGGCCUCGAGCACACUGCAGCUUUACCAGACACCGUGGCUAGAUGAAGACUGGAGCGACAAGGACUUUAUUUUGCCCAUCGAGCAGGUGCUCCGAUUACGAGCGUUCCUUUUUGCGCUUGGCGUCGUGCUUAUCGAGCUCUUGUACGGGAAGACGAUUGAGGAACUGCAAUUGCCACAGGAUCUUGUGGGCUGUGAGGCCACGCCCGGGGUGGUUUGGUGCACUGUGGAGACCAAUUAA